AUGGAUGAUCCUAAUGCGGAUACCGAAUGGAAUGACAUCCUACGUGCCCGAGGGAUUCUACCUCCAAAAGAGGGACCAACUGAGGAAGAAAUUUUCGAAGAACUAGAUCAAAUGAUCAAAGAAAAGCAAGACAAGCAUCUCGAGGAUAAAACAUUAGAUGAAUUAGAUGAAUUAGAAGACGAGGAGGACGAGAGAAUUUUGUUGGAGUAUAGACAGAAAAGAAUUGCUGAAAUGAAGGCAGAAGCAUCACGCGAAAAAUUCGGUCAUGUGAUGCAGAUAUCAAAACCUGAUUUCAUAAAAGAGGUCACCGAAGCAAGUAAAGAAGUUUGGGUGGUGGUACACUUGUUUAAAGAUUAUAUUCCAGAAUGUAAACUCAUGAACAUGCACCUAGAAACUCUAGCUGAAAAACACAAAGCAACCAAGAUUUUAAAAAUCAUCGGUGAUCAAUGUAUACCAAAUUAUCCCGAUAAAAACAUGCCGACCUUACUUAUUUACGGCGAAGGAGACAUGAGGCACCAAUUAGUUGGCUUGUCUCAAUUUGGUGGAAUGAACACGAAGCUUGAAAAUCUUGAAAAUUAUCUAAUUUCCGCUGGAGCUAUUGCAGACAAUAACAGGACAAUUGACAAAGGAUCGCCUCCAAGAAAAAUCAUACAAAAUCCUGCAACUGCUGCAUUAAGCGAUGAUGACGAAUAUUCAGAUGAUGAUUGA